AUGAUACCGUCGUCGGACGAAUACGAUGAAUUAAGCCUUGAUGAAUCCGAUAUUGUGGAGGGGAUGAUCGAUGGUGUGGAUGAUUUGGAUGAAGAAGCCUUAGAUGAGGAUUUUAUGAUACAGAGUAGUAUUGAGGCUACAGGCAGUAACAACCGUUUGGACUCGACAACGCACAACACCAUGCAAAGGAUCACUUCCGCAUCAGUAACACCAACCACACAUUCCUCAUCAAGCCUUAUUAAUAAUCAUAAACAGAAUAGUCAUGACCAUGUUUCAAACUCGUUACAAAUUGAAGAUUUGGAGAGAGAAAUAGCCUUGAUGAAAGUCAACGAGAAGGAUGAGAUGAAGAUUAAUCAGAAUUUAAUGAAAAUUCUCAACGAGCCAAUUUUAACUGAUGACACUGAUCUGGGUAGGGAUCUCGAGCAAUUUUUGGAGGACAUUACUCGAGGCUCUGCGUUUCAUGACGAGAUAACGGAGGUUGUACCGUCAUUGAAUGAGGAUGAAUCCGUACACCACUCUUUACCCGUUGCCACUUUAGAGAAAGAUCCAACAAAAAGUAUUAUGAAAAGCGAGAGAAUGAAAAAGAUUGGCACCGAAAUCAAAAAACCAUCUGUGACAUCUAAAGUGGGCAGAAUAAUUUUAUUGAGGCUCUCUCGAAAGUAUGCUGCUUUUGGAACAGAUCGAGGAAUAAUUCUAAUAUUCAAUGUAUUUUCCGAUGAGCAAGAGCUGCGUUGCAUACUGGGAAGCACAACCAAUGAGGACAGCAACACUUCAACCGGAAAAGUUACAUCCAUGUGUUUUUCGUUUAAUGAAGAUUGGAUCGUAGCAGGCUAUGAGAAGGGUACUGUCAUUGUUUGGGACGUUUCUAAGGCUAGUAUUAUUAAGAGAAUCGACGACGGAUUUACUUCACCGGUAGUUUGUGUUGCUUUUGUGACAGACAUGUACUCGAUUGUUGCCUCUGAAAUGCAUUCGAGUACGUUCAAAUGCUUUGCCUUGUCUAAGGUACUCUUUCGAUAUAGUUAUAGUUUAAUGUUUCAAUAUUCGGUUGGUGACGACGCAAUUAUUACAAUGUCAACGUUAUCUCUGGGAUCAAGCAAAUGUUGCUUGGCAGUUGCUACACGAAGUGGUGGAUUACAUCUCUAUUACAUUGACAAAAUCUUGACACCAAUCAGUGACGCAUUACCGAGAGGUUACGCUCAUUUAGGUGCACGAGGACACUUGCCUUACAUUGCAUGGGCUAACACCUCAAAAUCAAAAAUUAUUGCCUAUACAUAUGGAAAAGAUAUGAUGGUCCUGGGUAUUGACAGGAACGGUUCAUCCAUGAAAGAAGAGAUAUUUAGCACCCAAUUCGAGCAUGAUGUUUGUGGACUUGGCUGGUUUGACGACAAAUGUUUAAUAGUAAUGACUACUGACAAAGUAGUCCAUUUAUUUGACAUUAGAAUUGAUGACUCAGCCAUGAUAGAGAGUGAAAACAUUAGUUUCAUCAACUUGAUGGGAAACUGUAGUAACGUGUCAGGCUCUAAACAUUUCAUGACAGACAUUAAUCAAUUAGGGUUUGUCAUGUUGGGAGAGCACGAUCUUCUUAGAAUUAGUGUAAAGCCUUGGUAUGAACGAAUAUCACAACUCUCUACUGCAGGCUUAUGGAAAGAAUCGCUAGAAAUUGCUCACGAUUUCUAUUCAGGAAAGGCAAAGUGUGUUAUUGGGCUUAAUCCAGAGUCAGCUCACGAUACUCUGACCAGUAAAAUCGUCGAGUUAGUGAACGAGUACCUCACUCUGAGCUUGAAUGGAUCAAAUUAUGAGGAUUACAUUUAUCAGCAUGUUGGAGGCGCUUGUAUUGAGAGCUGUGUUCGAGUGGCCAAGUUUGACGUGUUGUUUAACACAAUUUUCAACGCUUUUGCAAAAUACGAAAAAACACAACUAUUCUUGGAGUUAGUAGAGCCAUAUAUCAUUGGAGGGACAUUGAAGUCUGUUCCAUGGCAUGUUUUUGAAUGCUAUGUUACGACGUAUGGACCACAAGAAAGAGAAAGGCUAGAUUCAAUUAUUAUGAAAUUGGACUUACUAAGUUAUGACCAGUACGAAAUUCUGACACAGUACUGCCAAGAAUAUAACCUACUUAAAUCGUUUGUUUAUAUCACCACCAUUUACAAAAGAGAAUACAUUGAACCGCUAGAAACUUUGGUUGAUUUACACGGCGAGAGUAAAGAAAAACAAGUCGCCGAAGUAAUACUUCACUUCCUAGAACAGUACCUUAUAGGAAACAUUCCUGAAGCUGACUCUGUUAUUAUUGAUGUCAAGAAAGAUGUUGUGGAUUUUAUAUUUGAUGAAGAGGAUGAGAAUAAUAGCUCGCGAGAUUCAACAGCAGUUUUCCACGCCCUAGCAAAGCACUACCCUGACAAAUUUUUUGAGGUACUUGAAAUUGCAAUGAAUGACGACUCGAACACAAACCCUUGGGAUGAAGAUUUCAAUCAGGAAAAUUUAGUAGAGUUUAUAUUAAGGCUCCAAAAACCAAAUCAAUUCAUGAAGCAUUCUUCAUAUUAUGACGGUAGAAUUGCCUUCUUCUCAUUCUAUUCCAAGUUACUUGCGAAAGGAAUCUUAAAAGCAGAUGAUUACAAUAUAUUGCUGGUAAUUUUUACAUAUCUUGCGGAAGACAGCUUAAAAAGGCUUAAAAAUACUGCAGAUGAAACAGAAAAGCAACGUAUCAAAACCCUUAGGCAAUACCGAGAGGAGCGUUUUAUUGAAAUAUUAGAAAAGAGGCAAACAUAUUACGACAAGACAAAAUUUAUGGAUCUUGCGAAAAGAUUUGACUUGUUUACAUUGGCCAAAUUUUUCAUGACUACCACUCAAAAAUAUCAGUGGUAUAUUGAGGUAAUUAUGAAAAAGAUUUUUGAUGUAAAUUGGUCAGAAAUUCCAGAGAUAUCAGAUGCAUUGGUUGUGGAUUUUUCAUUUUCCAACGUCUGUCAUCAGUAUACCUUUGCCGUUGUACAAAAGGCAAUUGAAGAAGAGCAAAACAAGGAAAGACAGAAAGUGUACCGCUUCUUCUUUUAUUGCUACAUAACCUCGCUAAUGCUGGACCCAUUAACAGAAAAUGGAUCACUCAGUAUGAAUGAGAUUGGAAAACGAGGCAUAUCAGUAGAUGAAUUAACCUAUACCUAUCUUGAAAUGCUUUGCGAAUUUGAAGACAACAAGAGGGUAAAAGAAUUCCUCAAACAGCAGGGUACUGGACUAGACCUUGAACGAUGUAUGAAGAUUUGCAAAGACAUACCCGAGGCGAAAUCUUUCUUGCUUGAAAGAACCGGCGAGGUCAGACAUGCCUUAAAUGAAAUACUCAGAGAGUUAGAGAGCACAAUGAACAUGCUCAAAUUGAAACUAAUUGACGAGGUCAAACGAAAGGGAAAUUCUGUCUUUGAGCAACAUUUCGAAUCAAUAUCCAAAGAUUUUAAUCUAAUCACGGAUGAUCCACCAGUAUUCUCUCCCAACGAGCCCAUUGAAGAUCAAAAGAAAUUACUCGCAAAAAAACCAAAGAAACGCCUUCCAAAGGUCACCAAAUCUCAAGGAUACAAAGAAAAUGCAGAGCUUUGUGACGUUUUGAUUUGUGAAGAGUCAAAAAAUCUGGUAAAGGAAUUGAAAACUGCCAUUAAUUUAUGCAGCGAGAAUAGCGAAAGGAAAACCCUUGACGAUUCUGAAGUAAGACAGCUAUGGUUCAAACUAUUGAACACGUUUAUGCUGCUCCAAAGACAACUGCGGUUUGGUUUCCUGGAAGGCAAACCACUCAAAGUUUCCAAAGAAGAAACAGAUUCUUCAAAAAAAUCAGAUCACUUUGAUGAGUUUGAUUUUAGCGGAGAAGGAACAGAAAUGGAUGAAUUUGAUAUUAUUAAGGAAGAAAUUGUAGAUACCAACACUGAAAUCUCCAAAAUUGAAAAGGAUCUCAAUAGUGAGCGAGAACUACAGGAUCCAGAUGAGGAAAAGAUAGAACGUUUACAGGCAAAGCUCAAGAAGAAGAAAGAUCAUGUUCAUAACCUGCAACUACAAUUGAAGGAGCUUGAGGAAAAAGAAAAGUUAGAAAGGCUGCUUGAAGAAGAGCGAAAUAAUGAUCCACGGGCUCCUCACAACAUUCAAAAACUGGCAAAUUUAUGGCUUCAACGAUGUAAUGCCAUGUACAUUAGACUCAUUCUCAGUGACAUGAUGCGUUAUGUUGACAUUCCUUCGAUUCUUAAUGAAAUUGUGAACGAGCAUGGAAAUGACGUAUUUUGUGACGUGAAAGUUACCAUCAUGAGAUUAUUAGAUUGCUACAGCUAUGAAAGCGGACUCCUUAAACAAUCUAACGAAUUAAUAUCCUGCGAUCUAUUUAACAUUGGUUGUCAUUUUCAUAGGAAUUCGAAUAAGGCCUUGAAACCUUUCAAUCGCACCUGUUUUUUAUGUGGUAAUCCUUUACGUAAGACAACCGAAGAAUUGAACAUGUCUCGCAUCUUUCCAUGUGGGCACGCUUUUCAUGUUUCUUGUAUUGGUGUGAAACAAAUAACGUGUGUCCAAUGUGAAAAUAUUGAUGAGAAGGAAUUGAAAACCAUUCUCAAAACAAGCAAGACGUUCAAACUCGAAGGCAUGAAAGCCAAAGAAGAUGAAGCAUUGGGUAAAUAUUUUGAUUUUAGAGCCAUUGGUCAGCAAGUAGAGACGAUACUUUCGAGAUCUCUUCCUCUUGAUAUCAUUGAUGAGACUCCAAAAAAGAGGGUUGGUGGAAAGAACGCGGCAGAUCUACUGUUGGAACAAUUAAGCGCUACAUCGUCAUCUUCAGUCAAACGAUUAACAGGAAUGAAAAUAUUAACCUUAGCUCCACCCAAGGGAAGUGCUCAAAGAAGGUCAAUCUCCCAGAAAUCAGCUCAUUCAAAAUCGACACUCAUGACAGUUGACGAAAACAACGAAGAUGAAUCAAACACAGAUAACACAACCAACAACGGCAAUGCGGCAGAAGGAGAAGUCAAAUCUGCAAGAAAGUUAGGUCCCAUUCCAAAAAUCAAGAUUUUGGAUUUGGAAGAGAUUGCGAAAGAGAUUGAAGAAAUGUACACGUACUAA